AUGUCACAACGCUGUCUUCCUUUCGUCAAAUCAGUGUGGGAGUCCUUCAGGGCCAAUUCAGGCUUGGAGCCAAGACUGCUUGAUGGCCUACGAGUCACUGCUGCCAGGCCUGGGACUGUGAAUUUCGAGCUGGACAUACAGAAGGAACAUACUAACCGUCUCCAAAUCCUUCAUGGCGGCACGAUAGCGUCGAUGGUUGAUCUGGGUGGGAGUCUGGCAGUUGCUUCUCGGGGCUUGUUCGCUACGGGUGUUAGCACGGAUCUGAAUGUUACUUAUCUCAACUCCGGCGGCAAAGUCGGCGACACGAUCAGAGCGGAAGUCACUUGUGAUAAGUUCGGCAAAACACUUGCUUACACCUCUAUCAAGUUUCUGAACAAUAAGGAUGAGGUUGUGGCGAGGGGGAGUCAUACCAAGUAUGUGAGUAUUGCGUGGAAGGAUCCGAACAACAUCACUGAAGAGUUGAGUCCGAGGCCUGGGUCGAGUUCUGGGUGA